AUGCCGAGAGAAAUUAUCACACUUCAAUGUGGUCAAUGCGGAAAUCAAAUAGGUGUGGAAUUUUGGAAACAGCUAUGCAAUGAACAUAAUAUUGAUCAAGAGGGUAUACUAAAAAAUAAUAAUUUUUUAAAUGAAGAUAGGAAAGAUAUAUUUUUUUACCAAGCCGAUGAUGAACAUUUUAUUCCGAGGGCUUUGUUAUUUGAUUUAGAACCUCGUGUAAUUAAUAGUAUCCAGACUAGCGAAUAUCGAAAUUUGUAUAAUCCUGAAAAUAUGUUUAUUUCUAAAGAAGGUGGAGGUGCAGGUAAUAAUUGGGGAUGUGGAUAUAGUCAAGGACAUAAAGUAGAAGAAGAAAUUAUUGAUAUGAUUGAUAGAGAAGUAGAUAAUAGUGAUAAUUUAGAAGGAUUUAUAUUAUCUCAUUCAAUAGCUGGUGGUACAGGUAGUGGUAUGGGUAGUUAUUUAUUAGAAUUAUUAAAUGAUAAUUAUUCAAAAAAAAUGAUUCAAACAUUUUCCGUAUUUCCAUUAUUAACAAAUGAAAGUAGUGAUGUAGUUGUACAGCCAUAUAAUAGUAUAUUAACAUUAAAAAGAUUAAUAUUAAGUACAGAUAGCGUGGUUGUAAUAGAUAAUACAUCUUUAAAUAGAAUAUUUGUAGAAAGAUUAAAAUUAAAUAAUCCUACAUUUCAACAAACUAAUACAAUUAUAUCUAAUGUAAUGUCUGCAUCAACAACAACAUUAAGAUAUCCAGGAAGCAUGAAUAAUGAUAUGAUAAGUUUAAUAUCUUCACUUAUAAUUAAUCCGAAAUGUCAUUUCUUGAUAACUUCUUAUACACCUAUAACAAUUGACAAACAUAUAUCGAAUGUACAAAAAACAACUGUUCUAGAUGUAAUGAAAAGAUUACUACAUACCAAAAAUAUUAUGGUAUCAGCACCUGUUCGAAGAGGGAUGUAUAUAUCUAUUUUAAAUAUAAUAAGAGGAGAAACAGAUCCUACACAAGUACAUAAAGGUUUACAAAGAAUUAGAGAUAGAAAAUUAGUUAAUUUUAUCAAAUGGAAUCCAGCAUCUAUACAAGUUACAUUAGCUAAACAAUCACCACAUGUAGUAUCUCAACAUAAAGUAUGUGGAUUAAUGAUGGCAAACCAUACAUCUAUAUCUGCCCUAUUUGAAAGAUGUGUAACACAAUUUGAUAGGUUAUAUAAAAGAAGAGCAUUCUUAGAAAAUUAUAAAAAGGAAUCAAUGUUCUCAAGUGCUGAUGGACAAGGUAACUUUGAAGAAAUGGAGUCUUCAAAAGAAAUCACACAAAAUCUAAUUGAUGAGUAUAAAAGUGCUGAACGGGACGACUAUUUUACUAACACAUAUAUAUAA